AUGAUGCUUGAAAUAGAUAGUAAAUAUUGGGAUUUUUAUUCACUUAACAAAUACAAGGAAUUUGAGAUACCGUAUAAGUUGAAGAGUAAAAUCAUGCCACUUUCAAACAGAUUGCCAAUUUCGUAUCCACUUAUAGGGCAUAUAAAUGUGAUGAUGUUUUUUCCAAAAGUUUCGUUUGAGAACAAAUUCAUUAAGCCAAUGAUCAUUGACAAGGAAGAUGGGAAAGUUCUAAUGAUUGAUAUCAAGGGAUCUUUCCACUCAUUGAUUGAAAAAUCCAAUUUCAUACACAAUGAGUUAAUUUUUGACAAGUCGAGAGUAGUGGUGAUCACAAGCCCUAAUUAUAGCGAGGGAUAUCCAAUUGCUAUUGUCAAUUCCCAUAUGAAAGAGAUUUUUCACGGUGACAUGAUGGGUAUGGACAAACGUAUUUACUUCUACCAUAUGAAGGUGUUGCUAGAAAAUCUCAAGACGUUCAAGAUCAACUUUUUGUAAGCUCGUGGAAGGUAUCGCCGAAUCUUCAUGAACUUCACUGCGGAAGACAAAGUGGCGUAGAUAUGAAA